CACCGGUGAAACUGAUUGGUUAAUAGCUGUAAGAGUUUAAAAUGUGGCUACGCCCGGUUUCCUUCAGUGUGGUAUCAGUCUCCUGAAGUGUUUGGAAUCUGUUUCGCUUGAACAACCUUCUGACAAAAUGGGUAAGAACGUGUUGGUUGUUUAUGCUCACCAAAGCACUAGAUCCUUCAAUGCUGCCGCUAAGGAUGCUGCAGUGGAGUUGUUAACCGCACAGGGUUGCAAUGUGGUGGUGUCUGACCUGUAUGCCAUGAAGUUUAAAGCCACUGCUACUCAGGAUGACAUCACAGGUGAGCUGAAGAAUUCCGAGCACUUCCGAUAUGGAGAGGAAACCAUGCUGGCUUGGCAGGAGAGCCGACUGUGUGCUGAUAUUGUUGAAGAGCAUAAGAAAGUGACUGAUGCUGAUCUAAUCAUUUUCCAGUUCCCCAUGUACUGGUUCUCUAUGCCAGCCAUCAUGAAAGGAUGGAUUGAUCGUGUUAUCACACAAGGUUUUGCCUUCACGUCUGAGAAGCGGUAUAGUCAAGGGAUUUUCAAGGGAAAGCGAGCCAUGUUGUCCUUCACCACUGGCUCCCAUGAGUCCAUGUUCAGUUCCAAUGGCAUCAAUGGGGACAUGAACGUCACACUGUGGCCCAUACAGAAUGGCAUUCUCUACUAUUGCGGCUUUGACGUCCUGGCUCCACAGAUCUUCUGGGCUCCACCACACAUCCCAUCAGAGGCCCGCGGCACCAUGCUGGAGAACUGGCGCCAGCGUCUCCAGGGUCUUCUGACCGAGACUCCGCUAACCUUCGCCCCCUCUGACAACUUUGACACCGGCAGCGGCUUCCAGCUGAAGACUGAGGUGAAGGAGCAGCAGGCUGAAGCUCAGUUUGGCCUAACCGUGGGCCACCAUCUCGGCAAGCCGAUCCCUCCCAACAAUCAGAUCAGAGCCGGUGUUUGAAGUCUUAGCUCAUGCCGUGCAAUGUUGCCUCAUCUCUCUCAUAAUAAAAGAUUUUAUUUGGUCAA